CGCGGAGGGCGAUAUGAGUCUGGUGGGGGGCUUCCCCCACCACCCGGUGGUGCACCAUGAGGGCUAUCCGUUCGCCGCCGCCGCCGCCGCCGCCGCUGCCGCCGCCGCCAGCCGCUGCAGCCACGAGGAGAACCCCUACUUCCAUGGCUGGCUCAUCGGCCACCCCGAGAUGUCGCCCCCCGACUAUAGCAUGGCCCUGUCCUACAGCCCCGAGUACGCCAGCGGCGCCGCCGGCCUGGACCACUCCCAUUACGGGGGGGUGCCGCCGGGCGCCGGGCCCCCGGGCCUAGGGGGGCCGCGCCCGGUGAAGCGCCGGGGCACUGCUAACCGCAAGGAGCGGCGCAGGACUCAGAGCAUCAACAGCGCCUUCGCCGAACUGCGCGAGUGUAUCCCCAACGUUCCCGCCGACACCAAACUCUCCAAGAUCAAGACGCUGCGCCUGGCCACCAGCUACAUCGCCUACCUCAUGGACCUGCUGGCCAAGGACGACCAGAAUGGCGAGGCGGAGGCCUUCAAGGCGGAGAUCAAGAAGACAGAUGUGAAAGAAGAGAAGAGGAAGAAGGAGCUGAAUGAAAUCUUGAAAAGCACAGUGAGCAGCAACGACAAGAAAACCAAAGGCCGGACGGGCUGGCCGCAGCACGUCUGGGCCCUGGAGCUCAAGCAGUGAGGAGGAGGAGGAGGAGGAGAGCGCGAGUGAGCCGGGGCCCAGGAGCCGGAAGCAGACCCAGGACUCCGGGCAAGCUCUCCACGCUCCGCUCUGAGGACUUCUUGCAUUUGGAAUCAUCCGGUUUAUUUAUGUGCAAUUUGCCUCCCCUCUCUUUGCCCCCCUUUGAGGCAUCCGCUCCCCACCUCCCCCUCCAAAAAAAAAAAAAAAGUGGAUAUUUGAAGAAAAGCAUUCCAUAUUUUAAUAUGAAGAGGACACUCCCGCGUGGUAAGGGAUCCCGUCGUCUCGUAGAUUUUCUGUGUGUGAAUGUUCCCUCAAGGCUGUGUAGACACCAGCGUUGCUCCCACCCCACUUACCCAACCCCUUCCAGAUAAAGACAGCAGACAAUAGUGUGUAUGUAAAGUGUAUCUUUAAUACUUGGCCUUUGGAUAUAAAUAUUCCUGGGGAUUAUAAAGUUUUAUUUCAAAGCAGAAAACGGGGCCGCUAACAUUUCAGUUGGGGUCGGUAUCUAGUGCUGUCUUUUCAUCUGUGGUCGUUCCCUAUUCGAAGAUGUUUCCAACAGCUACUUGUUUUGUGCACUUCCGUCCUCUAAAACUAAGUGGAAUUUAAUUAAUAUUGAAGGUGUAAACGUUGUAAGUAUUCAAUAAACCACUGUGUGUUUUUUUACAAAAACCCCAAUCUUUUAAUGGUUGAUACCUCAGAAGAGUUUUGAAAACAAAACUGUUAUACUUGUUUUCAUAAUAUUUAAAAUAUUCAGAAGUAAACUAAAUUAUCAUGA